CAAGAAGAAACAAGACUUAAAAAAUUCUAAGGAACAGUUACAAAUUACUUUAGAAAAAAUCAAAACUAUCGAAAAAGAAGUAUCGUCAAUAGACCAAGAAAACUCUGAGGUUAACAAAGAGUUAAAUGACAAGAAAGAAAAGAUUCAACAAAUUGAUACAGAAAGUAAAAAGAUCAAUGACGAAAUAGAAGAGGUUAAAAAGAAAAUAGAACAAACAAAAAAAGAGUUAGCCUCUAAACCUAAGGGUGUUUCUGUCUCUGGCACUUCUUCCUUAGCUCCACCACCUCCUCCUCCUGGAGCUACUUCAGUUCCUCCACCACCUCCUCCUCCUGGAGCAAGUUCAAUUCCUCCACCACCUCCUCCUCCUGGAGCAAGUUCAGUUCCUCCACCACCUCCUCCUCCUGGAAUGCCAGGAAUGCCAGGAAUGCCACCACCACCACCACCCCCUGGAAUGCCCGGUAUGCCUCCUCCACCACCUCCUCCUGGAAUGCCAGGAAUGCCUCCACCUCCUCCUGGAAUGCCAGGAAUGCCUCCACCUCCUCCUGGAAUGCCAGGAAUGCCUCCACCUCCUCCUGGAAUGCCAGGAAUGCCUCCACCUCCUCCUGGAAUGCCAGGAAUGCCUCCACCUCCUCCUGGAAUGCCAGGAAUGCCAGGAAUGCCUCCACCUCCUCCUGGAAUGCCAGGAAUGCCUCCACCUCCUCCUGGAAUGCCCGGUAUGCCUCCUCCACCUCCUGGUGGGUUUGGAUUUAGACCAGCUGCACCAGUUAUCAACGGAUUAGUUGAUACUCUCCCAAAACCAAAAUCCAAAGUAAAGAAUUUCAUGUGGCAAAAGAUGAAUGAUAAGAACUUAAGUGGAACAUUAUUUACUAAGUUAGACACAUUAGAUAAAACAAAGCAAAAAUUAGACCUAUCAUUAAUUGAAGCGGCAUUCAAAGUUCCUGAAAAAGUUAAACCAGUAGCAGAUGCAGCCCCAAAAGAAACUAAAAAACAAGGACCUAUUUGUAUUCUUGAUGCCAAGAAUAAUCAAACCUUUACAAUUUUGCUUAAAGGGUUUAAGAAUAAAACACCAGAAGAGGUUUGUGCAGCCAUUAAUAGUGUAGAUCAAACAGUGUUUGAAGAAACUUCAACAAUAAAAACUAUGUUAAAAGCUCUUGAAGAUGCUAAAGAAGAAAUUGGACAAGUUGAAGAACAUAUUAAAGAAAAAGGAACAGAUAAUUUAGGAAGUGCAGAGAUGUUUGUCCAUGCAUUAAAUGGAGUAAGUAACAUCACCCUUAAAUUAAAUUCGUUCCAAUCAAAAAUGGAGCUUCCAGUUAAAUUAGAAGAAGUGGACCAAAUAUUAAACAUG